AAAGUUCUCUGUGAGAAGAGAUUUGUAUAAUAAAUUCCCUGAGCCUCUCAAAUUAAUAUUUUAGCAAUAGACUCAUACUUAGAGCAGUGUUUCUGAUGUAAUGAUACACACAAGGCCCAGUGUUAUUCAUAGUUUCACCCUUUCUCUUAAUUCUUCAUUAAAGCAUGUUUGAAUCCAGGUAGGAGGCAUUACAGGGGAUAACCUUGAAUUUAUUUUUGAAGGGUAAAUCAUUUUCAAGUAGCAUUAACUGUUAGUGUAGAGAACAGCAUAUCCUACAACUGCUCUGUGACAAUGACACUAUUUUUGCUACUUUAGAGAAUAAGUACAUUCCUACUUCAUUGACUUUAGUGCAAAUCUCAUUUCCUGGUUUAUAUCCAUUACAAAUUAGAUAUGACCCUGAGAGCAAAAUCCCUUAAUAAACCUAGGUAAGAGCAAUUUGAAGUAAUAUGAUGCUUACUGCAGUGACACCACUAGGUGUGGUGUUUGCAUCAAGUCAUUUUGGGAUACUUUAUGGAAAUGCUUCCUAGUAAGGAGUUCCCUGACUUCACAUUUUACAGAGAUGACUCUCUCUUUUUCUCUCUAAUGCCUACAAGAACUAGACAGCAAGUCUGCAUUUAGUUAGGUGAUAACUAUCCCCAGCACAUGGUGGAUUGUUAAUGUGAGGUCUGAGGAUUCCAGUCAUUUGAAACGAAUGGCCUCCUAGAUUUAUGGCAUUUUUCUGUAUAUUGAGAAUAGGUAACUAAUAUAAGUGGUAACUAUAUUUGCAUGUGAUUUGUAUGUUAUAGUUAACAUUUAAAUUCUCUUAAAUGUGCUAAAUUUUUUUUAGUUGCCACAUUAAGCCUCUUUCUUCUCUAAGGUGCAGAGUAGCUUUCCACCUCAAUUUUUGCUUUAAUGUCUGAACCCUAAUGGGACCAUAGUUCAACUAAAAGCACCUAAGUCAUGAUUGAUAUUUGCUUCAUGUUUGAACAACAAAUGUUUUAACCCACUGUCUUCACUAAUAUUGUAACUACUGUCUUACAGAUUGACUUGAUGCAAAACAUCACAAAGACUCCAUAUUAUACAGUAUGCGAUUUUUGAGAACUGAUAGUGCAUCAGCCGACCCAGAUAAUUUAAAAUAUUCUUCAUCCAGAGAUAGAGGUGGUUCUUCCUCUUAUGGACUGCAACCUUCAAAUUCAGCUGUGGUGUCUCGGCAAAGGCAUGAUGAUACCAGAGUUCAUGCUGACAUACAGAAUGACGAAAAGGGUGGCUACAGUGUCAAUGGAGGAUCUGGGGAAAAUACUUAUGGUCGGAAGUCGUUGGGGCAAGAGCUGAGGGUUAACAAUGUGACCAGCCCUGAGUUCACCAGUGUUCAGCAUGGCAGUCGUGCUUUAGCCACCAAAGACAUGAGGAAAUCACAGGAGCGAUCGAUGUCUUACUCUGAUGAGUCUCGACUGUCGAAUCUUCUUCGGAGGAUCACCCGGGAAGACGACAGAGACCGAAGACUGGCUACUGUAAAGCAGUUGAAAGAAUUUAUUCAGCAACCAGAAAAUAAGCUGGUACUAGUUAAACAAUUGGAUAAUAUCUUGGCUGCUAUACAUGAUGUGCUUAAUGAAAGUAGCAAAUUGCUUCAGGAGUUGAGACAGGAGGGAGCUUGCUGUCUUGGCCUUCUUUGUGCUUCUCUGAGCUAUGAGGCUGAGAAGAUCUUCAAGUGGAUUUUUAGCAAAUUUAGCUCAUCUGCAAAAGAUGAAGUUAAACUCCUCUACUUAUGUGCCACCUACAAAGCACUAGAGACUGUAGGAGAAAAGAAAGCCUUUUCAUCUGUAAUGCAGCUUGUAAUGACCAGCCUGCAGUCUAUUCUUGAAAAUGUGGAUACACCAGAAUUGCUUUGCAAAUGUGUUAAGUGCAUUCUUUUGGUGGCUCGAUGUUACCCUCAUAUUUUCAGCACUAAUUUUAGGGAUACAGUUGAUAUAUUAGUUGGAUGGCAUAUAGAUCAUACUCAGAAACCUUCGCUCACACAACAGGUGUCUGGUAAGUCCUGGAGCCUAUACCAGUCAUUUAAAUACUGUUGGGGAGGAGCAUUGAUCCCCUAGUGAUCACGUGUCAAUACCAUUUCUUUAAUGAUCCAAGAAAAUUAAUUGCUUCAGAGAAAUGUUUUAUUGUAAAUG